AUGGCAGCGUUAGUAACAGGCCUCAUCCCCAUCCUGCGGACAGCAGUGGACGCCACCACCACAUACACGGGCCGCGCGGUGUGGUUCGGCUUCCUGUGCAUCCGCGUGGUGAUCCUCUUCCUGGCCGAGCUGCCCUUCCACAAACUGGACUUGGACUUUGCCUGCAACGGCACCGGGGAAAGCAUCUGCAUCAAAGCCUGCUUCAACAGACAUUUCCACAAACCCAUGAUGGUGGCCUGGAACUUCAUGUUUGUCCUGACCAUCUUCUCCGUGAUGCUCAUGGAGCUGUUCACCUCUCACCUGCGCUCCCGGGCCCAGAAGAGGAGCUGCCAGGUGAAGGCAGACAUGGAGCUGCAGGGCCAGGGAACAGAGGUGGCUCAGGUUGCGUCCAAAGACACCAAAGGGCAGAUUGUGAUUGAUCUCCAUAGAGACAGAGGCACAGUGGGCUUCUACCUGUUCAGCAUCACUCUGCGUAUUCUGAUUGAAUCCUGGUUCCUCUAUGUUCUGUUGUUUUGGAACCUGCCGGCUCUGGAUAAUGGUCCAUUCAAUUGUUCCACAGACAUUUGCUCUGAUUUACGUGUUUGUGUUGUGAGGGCCGCACCAGAAAAACGCAUGUCCAUCUAUGCUUUGGCUUCUAUUUCAGGCAUGAUUGUUGUUUGUUCGUUAUUAUUUUGUGUCUAUUCCAUUGUUCACUAUCUUUGCCACUUUUAA